CUGGGUCGCUCUGAGUCGGAAUCAACUCGAGGGCAACGGGUUUAUUUUUUUUAUACCUUUUUUUCCAGAAUGGGAUGCAGUAUUAUAGAGAGAAUUUGUUUUGAGGAUUAUGUGAUCAAACUCUGCCUUUCGUACUUAGCGUUCAGAUUCUCGAGGACGCUUUCUUGGACGUACAUUUAACUGAAGCUAGGACUAGAUAGUCUUCUCUUGCUCUUUAUGAUUCAGUUGUGUAAAGAAAAUGUCAACAAAAAUUUUAUUCACAUCUCGAGAUACUAUUCUUAAGCAUGCAUGUUAUAAAUGAGUAUCUUAUUUGGAAUGUAUAAGUUUCUGAGUGAUAUGCACAGUAUUUUUGAUUAGCUAACAGAUGCCUGCACUUUGCAGGACUCAAUAAAUAUUUUUCAAAUUUUAAAUGAAUCUUUUUGGAAGUGAAGACAAAGUCCUCUCUCUGAAUUCCAUCUUAAGAUUGUUUUCUACUGAAGUCCAGACAGCUGUUAAUAAAAUGCCCCAUAGCCUAACAUGCAUCCCAAAUUGUACGGUAUGAAAGGCAAACAAGUCCUGUUUGCUAGUGAGAAGCCAGGCCUUUCAAGAACGUGCCUUUGUUGUAGAUUCAAACUAUAUUAAUUAAUCCAGCAGGGUGUGAUCCCCUUUUAUCUUUGUACAAAGUAGGUGCUUAAGUAUCUAAACGAGUUGUGGAUCCUCAGUUUGGGGUGAGUUCCAAAGGAUAUAAUAAAUAUAUCUUUUGGAUCAUGACUUUCUCAUUAAUUCAGCAGACAUUUUUGGUGAUUUCUGUUCUGCUGGGCACUUUUCUGGGGAAUCAGAGAUAAAGAGUCCAGCUUGUCAGAGAGCCCGCAGUCCAGUGGGUGAGAGAGAAAAAUCAACAGAAGUGUCUGAGUCCUUCCAAGUUUCUUCCAAGCCCUCCCAAACCUGCUUUCCCAAAAUUUUCAUCAAACUCAGUGAGGAAAAUGUGAAAGAGCAUUACUUUGGGGUUCACUCCAUCUUUUUGCCUGACUUUGGGAUGACCAACUUUUUAAAAAGAAAUGAAGUUCUGUAAAAUUCACUGGGCUCAAGGCAGUGUUUUACAGUUAUUAAACUAAUUCUUGAAAUUUUUUUGUGCCAAUAAUGCGAACAUAUAGCUCUCACUCUGUGCCAGCAGCACUUUCCAAAUGUCCUUCAAAAUUGUCUGAGCUAGCUACUAUUAUCUUUGUUUUACAGAUGAGGAAAUUGAGGCACAGAGGUAAGGUCAUGGAUACCAGAUAGUACAGUAAGUGGUACAACUGGGAUUCAGACCCAGACAGGCUGCCUUCAGAGUCCACACCCUCAACCAGUACACUAUACUGGCCCAUCAACAAGCUCUAAAAGAUGAGUCGUGGAUAUUCAGAAAACAACAAUUUCCUGAGCAAUAACAACCAAAUGGUGCUGGACAUGCUCCUCUAUCCGUUAAUCGGAAUCCCUCAGACCAUCCACUGGGAAGCUGUGGCAAGGCUUGUGCCUGGAUUAACACCCAAAGAGUGUGCAAAAAGAUUUGAUGAACUGAAGAGCAGUGGAGGCUCACCUGUGGACAACCAGUACCAUCCUCUGAUGGCUGCUGGAGAGAGUCCUGUGGGAACAUUAGCCACGUAUAUCCGAUCCUCACUGCUUGACCCACACAGGGAGUUUCAGGACUCUCCCGCUGGUCCGGAUGGAGUGUCCAAAACAGGAAGACAUAGUAUAGCUUCCACAAGGAACUGUUCUUCAGAAAGUGAAAAUUGUACUGCUCAUAAUGGUGAAGAGACAGAAGAAUCUGAAGGGCCAAAUAUGGUGAUCCAUGUAUGUGAUGAAGCAAAAAACUUGAAAGAAGAUUUUAUUUGCCCACGAGAUCUUUUGAUAUCAGAAAUGAAGUACUUUGCUGAAUAUUUAUCUAUGGACGCCCAGCGCUGGGAAGAGGUGGACAUUUCAGUUCACUGCGACGUUCACAUCUUCACCUGGUUGAUAAAAUAUGUUAAAAGGAACACUAAGGAGAAGAAAGAUUGUGAGAUGCCCGUUUUAGAGCCAGGAAAUGUCAUUUCUAUUCUUAUUUCUUCAGAGUUUUUGAAAAUGGAUUCAUUGGUUGAACAGUGCAUUCAGUAUUGCCAUAAAAAUAUGAAUGCCAUAGUAGCUACCCCAUGCAACAUGAACUGUAUUAAUUCAAACCUUCUUACACGUAUAGCGGAUCUGUUCACACACAAUGAAAUUGAUGAUUUAAAGGACAAGAAAGAUAAAUUUAGGAGUAAACUUUUUUGUAAGAAGAUUGAGAGACUGUUUGAUCCUGAGUACUUGAAUCCAGAUUCUCGGAGUAACGCGGCCACGUUAUACAGAUGUUAUUUGUGUAAGAAACUUUUAACAAAGGAAACAGAAAGACGAAUUCCUUGCAUUCCUGGAAAAAUCAAUGUGGAUCGACAUGGAAAUAUUAUCUAUAUUCACCUAAGAGACAAGACUUGGGAUGUUCACGAAUAUUUGAAUAGUUUUUUUGAAGAAUUAAAAUCUUGGAGAGAUGUAUAUUGGCGCUUGUGGGGAACGGUCAACUGGCUGACUUGCUCAAGAUGUUGUCAAGCUUUUCUCUGUACUGAAUUCUCACACUGCCAGUAUCACUCAGAAACAGUGGUUUACCCCACUGCAGCAAGCUCACCGAGCACUGUGGGCACUGGAAUUUAUCCCUGCUGCAACCAAAAGGUUCUUCGGUUUGAUCCCACUCAGCCAACAAAGGGUUGUAAAGUGAGGGACCACAUGGUUGCUCUUUGUGAUCGAGGUGAAGGUGGGGAUUUGCUGUCCUGUCCGACCACUAGAAUACUGGAUGAUCUCCUCAGUCACAGAGAUGUCAUUGUUGUGCCUUUUUCUAAAGAUACAGUUAGUGAUUCUGGGGUUGGCCUCUGUGAGGAAAAGGGUCUAGACUGUGAUGUCAUACUGGAGACAAGCACACCUUGGGGCCCCAGAACCGGGGAGCUGAAUGCUUUUUUGUCACUAAAACACUGGACCCUACAACUGAAACAGCAGUCACUAUUUUCAGAAGAAGAAGAAUACACCACUGGAUCUGAGGUCACUGAAGAUGAAGUUGGAGAUGAAGAAGAAAUAUCCAGGAAACAAAGGAAAAAGGAGAAGCCAAAGAAGUUCACUAAGCCACCGAAAAAGCAGAUGUCUUCACCCUGUGCCCAGAAGAAAGAAAAGGCAUUGGAGAAGUCAGCUUCUAGAGAUGCAUCUCCUUUCAUUGUGAGCAUGCAGAAGAAUAAGUGGGAUACCACAAGAUCCUUGCGAUUCAACCAGGAUGCACAAAGAGAGGAUGAUCAGCGGCGGAUGUCUGAAAUCACAGGGCACCUAAUAAAAAUGAGAUUGGGUGAUCUGGACCGAGUCAAGUCAAAGGAAGCAAAAGAAUUUGCAGGGGGUAUUUAUUCCAGGCUCGAAGCGCAGGUCAAGGCCUCGGUGCCAGUCAGUGCACGGCAGAGCAGCACAGAGAAGAACACGAGGUCUAGAAGUCGUUUUGGUCAAGGGCGUCCUGCAUAGAGCACCUUAUGAUGUAACUAAAAAGAUAGACUCCUGGACAUCUGAAAUUGCUCGCUUCUGGAAGAUCUUCAGAAGGAUAACUUCUAAAUAUUUUAAGUUAUUAGUUAUUCUUGCAAGCCACAUAAAUCAUAAUGCUAAGAGAGAUACAUAGUUAGGUCUUACGAAAAUCUAAUUGUAAAUAUAAAACUUUUUAAAUCUAAUUUUCUUUUUAGUAUGAUACUAGGCAAUGUAGAAAACAAUUAUUUUUGAAUUUGCAUACUUAAGACUCCUAAUAUUUGUUAUCCUUGAUUUAUUUCUUUGAAAGAGAAGAAGCCUAAACUCUUAAGUAGCUAAGAUUUUUUAAGACCGUAAGAUGUCGGGAACGCAGCUGUAGUGUUACGGCGCAUGUGCACUGACUGUAGGAUGUCUCUCGGCGGUAGAUCUUGGGGCAGCAUUGAGAACUGCUGUUUGCUGAAAUGCCCAAUGACGCUGAUUCUUAGUCGGCACGAACGUUAAGAAAUGACGGAUCUCGAGACUGCCUCACACACAGUUUGAAGGUGAGGUGUUUCCUGUCCUGGGCAGAAGGGCUCAUUUUGUCAGCAUUACUCCAUGGAAAGCACAAUGUUAACCCAACUUUCUUUUUCUUUUGGUUUUUAAUGCUUAUCUGUUGGUCAGUUCAGCUGGAAUUAUUGAUUAUUACUUCCUUCCUCUGUGAAGCUAGUAUCAUUCGGAAUUUCUUAAAAUAACUGUUGUUAGUUUUAGGAAGGUAAAUCAUUUCAGUUGUCUGAGACACCAGCGUACAGUUCUCAGGGCUCUGAAGCCCAACCAUAUUUCUGUAGCCAUUCAGGUAGCCCCCUAAAAGUUAUAAUUGUAAUUACUUUGGAGAUACUAGGAGAGAUUCCCAAAUACAUUCGAUGGGUGAAAAUUUACAUAUGUUCAAGAAAAAUCACAAUAAAGUUGUGUUCUAUAGAUCAUGUUUUAAUUUUUCUAACCAGGCAGAAAGCUUGCUCAGGGAAAAUUUAUUCCAAACCAUAGCAUAUGAUAAACUAUGUGUUUGGAAAUUACUUAUGUGUAGGUCUCUGAAAAAUUGUAAGAUGCAUUGUUUUUAUUUUUAGUCUUCAUUUGCCUUCUAAUUGAAAUUCUCCAAAUUAUUUAAAUUCAAGAACAAACUAUGAUAAAGUGUGACAGAAUGGCAAUUUCUAUUGAAAUGUUGAAGUGUUACACUCAAUUUAAACCUACAGAAAUCACUAUUUUAAGUGAGUGUUUUUAGUUAAUGAAGCUAGAUAUUAUUUGAUGUUUUAUGUAUGGAUUUGCCAAGGUCUUUGAACUUCUGUUUGGAAAUUUUGUUCUAGUUCAUAUGUUUUUCAAUUGUUUGAUGCUUUUGCAAUAGAUUAUAACAUUUUUAUUUUCAAAAAAUGUUUUGUAGUACAUUGUGUGUAAGCCGUGUUAAAGAGCAAAGUCUUAUUAUAGUUUACUAUAUUCUCUGAUAAACGCUUCUGGAUUUAUAUUAAACAGUGCUGUGACAGUCACAACUAAAAGAUGAAAAUAUGCGCUUUUGGUUUUUUAACUGAUGGUGAAAAGACAAACUGCUUCUCCCCUGGGGUAAUUGUACCACCGGAUUGAUUUCUUACAAACUAGAGUUUGUUAGAAUUUGAUUCUCUUCAGAAUGUGCUCUUUAUCGUGUUAAUGUCUAUCUGUUCUACCUAGCACAGAUACCACCACCAUUUUAAACCGUUAAUAUUUUGUUUGCCAUAUACUUUGAGGUUUUACCUUAUGUUAAUUCUGAAUUCACAUCUCUUGAAUUGAAAUAAAUGUUAAUGAC